GGAGGAAUGAGAAAAGCUCCUUUCUGAAAGGCGGUGACAGCAGCAGCAACAUAGCAACAACAACAACUUCGUCUCAACAACAAAAAGAUCAACAAGCUCGGCACUGUUCAAUCCAAAUCAAAUCGAACAUUUUAGUUGUCACUGGAAGUGAUUCAUCAUGGCUACCGCUGAUAUAGAAAACCUGAUCAAGAGUCAAGUCCUUGAAGUUGCUCGAAAUGUGGAGCAACAUCUUGAUUCCGAACUUGAUAAGUUGGAGAAUAUGGAUGCUGAUGAUAUUGAUCGACUGAGGGGAGAUCGUCUCAAGCAGCUUAAGGAACAAGCUAAAAAACGCCAAGAAUGGCUUGUUAUGGGCCAUGGAGAAUAUACUGAGAUUCACGAGGAAAAAGAGUUCUUUGAGAUUUCUAAAAAGUCAAAAGACAUAGUUUGCCACUUCUACAAAGAUGGCUCCCCUCGGUGCAAAAUUGUAGAUCAUCACCUCAAACUGCUGUGCAAGAAGCAUGUUGAAACACGCUUUGUGCGAUUGAAUGUUGAAAAAGCUCCUUUCCUCACAGAUCGCCUUCGUAUCCGUGUUAUUCCAACCAUGGCUCUAAUUAAAGAUAGCAAGACUAAAGAUUUUAUUGUUGGCUUCACUGAUCUGGGGAACUGUGAUGAUUUCUCGACUGAAAUGUUAGAAUGGAGAUUAGGCACUGCAGGAGUUAUUAAUUACAGUGGUGACCUAUUGAACCCACCUGAAAAGAAGAAGAAGCCUAAGACCCUCCUGGGAGCACCUAAAAGAAGCAUUCGAGGAAGAGAUUCGGAUUCUGACAUUGAUGAUGAGGAGGACCUUUAAGAGUUUUGUUACCUUGUCAGGAUAACACAUUGUAUUAAUUCGAGUGGAAGAUUCAAUUCUAUUAAAUUAUUGAAGUGUUUAGUAUUAGGAGGAUGAUAUUUUGUCUGUAUGAGAGGCACAUGGCUUUUGGUCUGUGAUGUCAAUUUGGACUUGCUUUAAAAUUUAAUGUUACAGAAGUGAACUUGUAGUUUAAUUUCCAAAUACUUUUGACACUCCUGAAAUUUGUGCCUUGUUAUACUGAUGCUAGAUCACUACCUAGAUUGAUUAGUUGAAUGUUUGUUUCACCUUUUAAAGCUGUAUGUCAUUCCACCUUUGUUAUUAACUAUUAACACUGCAUUCAUUUACAAAUAAUCAUGACCACUCUUUAAAUUUGCUUGUGAUCUCUUUAUUUUCUGUAACAUGCAUGCUUUUUUAUAUGCCCUUCUUAUUGGAUAUUGUGUAUAGGUAUUAUAAUAAUUGGUGUAGAAUUAUAUUUAUUAUACAUUUGUUUUGACAAUGAGGUAAUACUUUUAUUGUUCUGCAACAGUAUCAAUAACUUACUCAUGCCUUCUGGCAUUAAAAAUCAAUUUCAAUAAAUAAUCUAUGACAUCUAAA